AUGUCCAACGAGCUCGACUUUGCCAGCGACGUCAAGGAGACGGUCACCGUCACCCUUGCGCCCGAGCAGGAGCAGCGUUACGAGCGCAUCACCCGUGGCCUCCAGGAGGUUACCAGCGGUGACAUUAUUCGCAAGGUCCUUGCCGAUGGCGAGACCCCCCGCCUCUACUGGGGUACCGCUACUACUGGCCGCCCCCACAUUGCCUACUGCGUGCCCCUUAUGAAGAUUGCCGACUUCCUCACUGCUGGCGUCCACGUCAAGAUUCUCCUUGCCGAUGUGCACGGUUUCCUCGACGCCGGCAAGUCGACCUGGGAGUCGCUUGCGCACCGUGUCAAGUACUACUCGUUCCUCCUCCACGCCGUGUUCACCUCGCUCGGCGUGCCCACCGACAAGCUCGAGUUCGUCACAGGCUCCAGCUACCAGCUCACCCCUGAGUACACCCUGGACAUGUACAAGUUCCACGCUCUUACUACCGUCAACGCCGCUGCCCACGCCGGUGCUGAUGUCGUCAAGGAGUCGGACUCGCCCGUCAUGAGCUCGCUCCUCUACCCUGGUCUCCAGGCCCUCGACGAGCAGUACCUCGACGUCCACAUGCAGUUCGGUGGUGUUGACCAGCGCAAGAUCUUCAUGUACGCAGCCCACUACCUUCCCCGUCUCGGCUACGCCAAGCGCGCGCACCUUAUGAACGCCAUGGUCCCCGGCCUCUCGGGCGGCAAGAUGUCGUCGUCGGAACCCAAGUCCAAGAUUGACUUCCUCGACUCGGCCGCCGACAUCAAGUCCAAGCUCAAGGCUGCUCUCUGCACUCCCGGUGUUGUCGAGGGCAACGGUGUUCUUGCCUUCCUCAAGAACGUCCUGAUCCCCGUCCAGGAGCUGCGCGAGGAGCAGGCCGCUGCCCGUGGCGAGCAGCGCUACAAUGGCGCCGGCUCGUUUGCCAAGGCCGACUCCCCCGUCGGCACCCUCUUCUCGAUCUCGCGCCCCGAGAAGUUUGGCGGCGACAUGCACUUUGCUUCGUACCAGGCCCUCGAGGAUGCCUACGUCAAGGAGGAGGUCCACCCCGGAGACCUCAAGGGCGGUGUCACCGAGGCGCUUAUUGCCCUCCUCGGCCCCAUCCGCAAGGCCUUUGACGAGUCGCCCGAGUGGCAGGCGGCCGAGGCGGCUGCUUACCCGGGCGCCUCGGUCCUUGAUGGCCCCGGCGGCCCCAAGGUCAAGGAGGUCAAGAAGGUCAAGGCCCCCAAGGCCGACAAGCCCAACCGCCCCCCUACUGAAGAAGAGCGUGCUGCCCUCCGCGCCAAGAAGGAGGAGGAGAAGGCCGCCAAGGCCGCGGCCAAGGCUGCCGCCGCCGGCCCCAGCACCGCUGUCCUCAACACCAACAUGCCCAAGCUUAAGCUUCUCUCCAAGGGCAAGGUGCGCGACAUUUACGCACUCCCCGACGCCGCGGACGCCGACAAGCUCCUCUUUGUCGCUACCGACAGGAUAAGCGCGUACGACGUCAUCAUGGAGAACGGUAUCCCCCAGAAGGGCGCCACCUUGACCAACCUCUCCAUGUUCUGGUUCCACAAGCUCCGUCACGUCAUCCCCAACCACGUCCUCGUCCCCUCGAUCGAGGGUGAUGCCCCCGCCGCUCUCGCUGGCACCACCACUGCCUGGGAGGAGUUCCCUCGUUCGCUCGACGAGUACCGCGAGCAGCUCGAGGGCCGCAGCAUGAUUGUCAAGAAGUGCGAGGUUGUCAAGAUUGAGGCCAUUGUCCGUGGCUACAUUACCGGCUCGGCUUGGUCCGAGUACAAGAAGUCGCAGACUGUCCACACCAUCCCCAUGCCUGCUGGCCUUGUCGAGUCGCAGAAGCUCGCCCAGCCCAUCUUCACCCCUUCGACCAAGGCCGACCUCGGCGACCACGACGAGAACAUUCACCCCGACAAGUGCAAGGACAUUUGCGGCGCCGAGCUCGCGGCCGAGAUUGAGAAGGUUGCCAUCCAGCUCUACACCGAGGCUGCCGAGUACGCCUCUGCCCGUGGCCUCAUCCUUGCCGACACCAAGUUUGAGUUUGGUCUCCUUGACACCCCCAACGGCAAGCAGCUCAUCCUCAUCGACGAGGCCCUCACCCCUGACUCGUCGCGCUACUGGUCGGCCGCCGCCUACAAGGAGGGCCAGCCCCAGGCCUCGUUUGACAAGCAGUACCUCCGCGACUGGCUCACCAACGGUGGCCUCAAGGCCAAGGAGGGCGUUACCCUCCCCGAGGACGUUGUUGCCGAGACCAAGGCAAAGUACGAGGAGGCCCGCGACCGUGUCAUGGGUAACGGCAAGUUUGCUGCCUAA